CGGAGCGGGCAGAGAGGCGAGGCACUGGAGCAUGGGGGACCCUUGCGGCUACUCGCCUCCGCCCCACCCCCGCGGUGGGUCCAGGCCCCGCUUGUCCCGGCCCAAGCCGACUGAGCCGGCACUCACGGCUGCCGGCGGUGCGCUGUAGCUGGCCCCGCCCCGGCUCGGAGCGCACUGGGAGGGCGGACCUGGGGUCGGACCCGCAGUCCCCGGCCCUGGCCUCCUGCCGAUCGCCAUCACCCCUAGCCUCUCCGGCUGAGCUCGGCGUCCCAGAGAGGAUUAAGUAAGUGCUGAGGUCGCAGCUUCUGUGCAAGAAUGGAGGAAUCACAGAGUCGCAGAGCGGGGAUGGGGAUUGGAGCAGGGAGGACUGAAGAACCUGGUAGAGAACGGUAUGCGGGUUCUCGGAGGUCGCGGUGCCAACCCAUUUCACCCGUUUCAUUCUCUUGCCCUUUGGACCCUCAGGCAGUCCCAGACAGUGAUGGGCAGGGCCUUUUCUCUGCUUUGGAUCGAGGAAUAAAGAGAGCCCAGAGCAAGAGUUAAGGGUCUGGCCCAAGGUCAUGUCUGGGGUCAGAGGCAGAGCCAAGGAAGAACCUGGGGUUGCUGACGCGUUCAGCCUAGCUGGAGGGAGAGGGCAGAGAGGGAUGAGCCCCCAUAUCCCUCUGCCAACCUUACCACUUCCUAAGGAGCCAUCAUUAGUGUGUACACUCCUCACACACACACCCAUGCACCUGCACAGGGAGGCACCCCACAUACACCCAUGAGCUAGGACAGGGAGGUAUGUGUGCAGCCAUGAGCUGUGUAUCUCCCCCUUCUCCCUAGACCUGCCCUUAGGCAGCUUGAAUGGGCCCCCUUCCCACCUUGCCUUACCCUGCGCCCUCUGGCCUGGGAAGACCUAAGCCACACCCUCUUGCCACAUCUCCCACCCUCUCCUCCCAAGGGAGGGGGGGGGAGAAGAAUCAUCUCAGAGUGGGUGCUCCAUCCCUGCAUAUGAAGACACACUCCCUGCUCACCUGGUUUUUCCUUGUCUCCGGCAGCCCCUAGCUCCCCUAUGGAGGUCCUGUGGCCCUUAGAGCCUGCAGAGAAGUCGUGCCAGAGGACCUGACCUUAGCCUCUCUCCCCUUCCUGCCUUCUGGGCUCUCCACACCUGCCCUGCCCCACUGCAAACACAGCCUGGAUCACAAAAUUGGCUGGGUCCAGGGGCUUCUUUCCCAAGUGGGCUGCCCAGUGGGGAAGGUCUAUACAUUGGGUGCUUACUGUGGGCAAGGGUUGCGCUGAGCUAAGUCUUUUCAAGGGACGAGUUCAUUCUGCCAUUUUAACGAACUGUGAGGGAGGUGGGGUUUUGUUUUUGUUUUUGUUUUUGUUUUUGUUUUAUCUCGGACUCAGGAGAACUGAGACACAGAAGUGGAGUGACAUGCCUAAGGUCAUCUGACUCUUGGGCAAGUGUUUCCCUCCAGGAAAGGAAAAAGCUGCAGUAUUUUUUUCUCCAAGCAGGAGCACCCAAGGAGCCAGGGAGCUCCCUUUAUCCAAGGAGGUGGCAACCUGCAAGUAUAGUGGGGGGGCCACAGUCUGGAACACUACUGAUGUCAGAAUCAAGUUGGCAGGUUGGCUGACCACAGGCAGUCUCUCAGCCAGGGCCCUCUCAGCAUCAGCAUGAACUCCAGGAUCCCAUCUGCCAGGGGCUGGUUCAGCAGCCGCCCACCCACCUCUGAGCCUGACCUGGAGCCUGCCACAGAUGGGCCAGCUUCCGAGACCACUACCCUCAGCACAGAAGCUACCAGCUUUAAUGACACCAGAAUCCCUGAUGUGGCUGGUGGCACAGCUGGUGUGGGCACAAUGCUUCUGUCCUUUGGGAUCAUCACAGUGAUUGGCCUGGCUGUGGCCAUGGUUUUAUACAUCAGGAAGAAGAAGAGGCUGGAGAAGCUCCGCCACCAGCUCAUGCCCAUGUACAACUUCGACCCUACGGAGGAACAAGAUGAACUGGAGCAGGAGCUGCUGGAGCACGGGCGGGACGCUGCCUCCAUGCAGGCUGCUGCCUCUAUGCAGGCCAUGCAGGGCAAGACCACUCUCCCCUCUCAGGGCCCACUGCAGAGGCCCAGCCGGCUGGUGUUCACCGACGUAGCCAAUGCCAUCCAUGCAUGAGUGCCCCGGGGACAGGCCUGGACUUCUGAUGAAGACACCUGCCACAGUGCCCAUUGAGCUGCCCACUCCGUGAUUGUUAAGACCUACUCUCAGGACCUGCCCUGCCAAGGCCCAGCUAUUCCCAGGACCCACCUGCUGACUCUCCAGGCUCUAAGAGAGGCCCUGGCCAGGCAGGCUGGACAUCUGGCUACUGAUGUCCCCUGAUCUGAGGGCCCUGGCAUGGAGGGCAUCCCUCAUGUCAGGAAGGUUGAGAGCUAUGCUAGCUUCCUUGUGUCCUCCCCAGACUCCUUACAUCAUGGUCUGCUCCUCUAAUGUGGAGGAAAUGGGGGGGGGGGGGGAGACAUGGGAUGGGAGGGGAAAGGAGAGAGGAGUAGGGAGGGUUUCCCCUUUGUCAGGGAGAGACCUGUCUUCAGAAUCUGGAGCCUCCUCUACAGUGCGGAGAGGCAACCAACCGGGUUGCCCCAGGAGAAGCCCAGGGAUGAAGCAAGAACUGCCAAGUGGGCAAGGAUGCCAGGAAGAGGGCUGCUCCUACCCAAGGCCCAUCUGUAUUUUGGAGGGUCCAUGAGGCCUCCCAGCCACCCUCCCUGGCAGCCAGCUGUUGGCUGGGAAAGAGCAAAGGAAGUAGGGGAACGGGUGUAGAGGGACACAGUGCCUGGACCUGCUGAAAGGCCUCAGACAUGUGCGUGAAUGUGCCCAUGUGCAGGGUAGGAUGUGCGUAUCCCAGCACAGGGUAGGAUGAAGACCUUCUGCAUGGGCCCCACCCUCCAAGUCCACCCCACCCCUUGAUGUGUGUGGGAGCACCAGGAUAGGCCACCUUCUCUGCCUUCAGUGUUCGGGACUGAAGGGAAAGGAAAGCCAAGGUGAAGGUCCUGCUGCCCAUCUCAUCUCUUCACUGGGCUCUACAAGCCAGGUAACCUGCUUCUGAAAAUGGUUCCCUGUCCUGGUGUAUAUUGGGGAUCUAGGGUUGUGGGAGAGGCUACUGGUCUGAGGGCAGUGGUCACAGGCUGUGGGCUAUCUGGGGACUUCUGACUGCCUGAAACGGGGUGGGGGUAGCCCCAUGGAAAACAGACCUAUUUGAUAGCAUUUGAUAGCAUAGCCCACCCACCCGUUGUCUACCCACCCCACAUCCCUCAGGAAUUCUACCAGUCUGGGGCAUGUGAGCAAGGCAUGGGGCUUAUCCAGACCCCAGGAGCUGAGCAAUUUUCUACUCUGAGCAUGCAUGCGCACGUGAGCAUGCACAGAAGCAUGCCCCCAUGCCCAGCCUCGCCACCAUUGCUGUCCUCCGCUUUCUGGAGGGGAUGCGGGGGCAGCAGCACAGACCUUCUGUUGGGCAAAUACCAUGUGUCAGGAUGUGAGGGCCAAGGAGGCCCGUGUAGGGAAGAUUUGGGAUGUGUUCCCUCCUCUAGAUGCUAUAAAUACAUUAGCACUUGAACCAACUGGAGGGCUGUGGGUAAUUUAGGAUGCACAGACGCUGUAAUUUAACUCACAGCAUCUCCAUGCGAGAGCAUUAAAGAUGUAAUUAAGAUGUUUACACAAAAAGAGUGUGAGUCUGUGACACUUGGGGUGUGAAACACCAGGAGGGACAGGAUGGGUGAAGGGCUGUGUGGGGGCCUGGCAUAGUCACUUGGAGCCCAGCU